AUACACAGUGCACAAUAUUUAUCCUUAUAAAGAAAAGCCAGACCCUCGCACAGUAGUGAUAAAGAAAAGCCAGACCUUUCAGAUUUCUAUGUUUCGCGAUGCCUCUGCAGAGGGAAAAACGAAAAUCAGAUAUUUGGCACAAUUUGCCUGUAGAAGUAAUGGCAGAAAUAUUCUGCAAAUUGCCAAUUAAAUCCAUAAUACGAUGCACCUCUGUCUGUAAAUCAUGGAAUUCUCUAAUUAAAAACCCUAAUUUCAUUCACACCCAUCUUAAAAAGCCCAAGCUUCAGUUGAUUCUCCAUCGCUUCCCUGUCGCCUCUAUAGGCUCCAUCGAACAACGCUAUACUCUGCGUUUCGACGACAAAAAAUUUACAGAUUACAUGCCAGUCCUUUACCCGAAGACCGUUGGUCAUUAUCUUCAUGUAGCCGGUUCUUGCAACGGUGUGGUUUCACUCCAUUCUCGCUGUCUGUUCGUUCUCUGGAAUCCUUCCAUUAGAAAAUCCUUUUUUGUUCCGCAACCUAAUUUUGUAUAUUUUUCCUCUUGUUGUAGAAGUUUUAUUGGUUUAGGGUUUGAUGACAGUACAAAUGAUUAUAAAUUGUUAAGAUUUAUGAGUUGCCCUACCUUUCAGUUUAAAGCUGAGUUAUAUUCGCUAAAUUCGAAUUCUUGGAGGGAUAUUACUGAUAUUGUUCCUACUGAGUUUUAUAUCGCUGAUUAUGUUGUUCCCGCUUUUGUAAAUGGCGCAUUGCAUUGGCCUGUAACUCAUUGGAAUGAGAAAGAGGCUCGUACUUUUGUUAUGGUGUUUGAUUUGAAAGAUGAGGUCUUUCAUGAGAUUAUGUUGCCUGAAUGUUUGGUUAAUCUGGAUUCAGCUUACAUAUUUCUUAAGGCAUUUGAAGAAUCGACAAUAGCGGUUAUUGAUGAUAAGAAUUCUGAUAUAUGGGUGAUGAAAGAUUAUGGCGCAGCAGGGUCGUGGGUGAAAUUGCCGGAAUUGGGUAAUGUUGGGCCAACCUUGGGUAAUGUUGGGAGACAAAGGUCAUUAGUGUUGGGAUUUAGGAAUAACAGAAGAGUGAUGGGAUUUAGGAAUGAUGGAGAAGUAUUAUUGGAACUUUAUGAUGGACAAAUUGUCUCACAUGACCCACAUAGCCUGCAAACUAGCAAUCUUAUGAAAGUGCAAGGUGGAGGUUCUUUUGUUUAUAGAUAUGUGGAGAGCCUAGCAUUACUCGAUAAAGGACACAAUCAAAGGAUUUGAGCAGGUACAAGUAGUCCCAGUAAUAUGAUUUGUUCUACAGCCGGUAGCUGAUUUGGACUUUGGAUUAGAGAAGCAAGUGGACUGGAGUAGAGUAUUUUAUUUAUUUUAUGUGAUACAGACAUUUGGUUUGCUAUUUAGUGUUGCUUGGCUUUGUGUUGCAUAUGAAGGUAAAUAGUUCAAACUUGUUUUCACAUUAGUUUCUUAGUGUUAAGUGUUUCAUGCUUGUUAAUUGAGAAAGUAAAUUCAGUUCUAAUGUGCCAUGUAUACCAGCUUGUAUUGGAUAAUAUAUGAUUUCGUCUAGUUUGUUCCGAAAUGUGGAUAUUUAUACUCUA